AUGUCACGACUGCCGCACGUUUGCGGACUCUGCCUGCUCCUCUGGCUCUGGCAGCUGUUGGCGCUGGCGCCCUUCAGCUACAGCCGGGGCAGAGGAGCCCGUUGCCGCCGCCUGCUGACCCUGAGCGGUGUCCUGCGAUGGCUCCUCCUGAUUGGGCUGGCCCCCCUGAUGCUGUGGAAGAGCGCGGCCAUGUACGAUGCCACCAAUGUGCGGCACUCGAUGAUCUUCAAGAACAUUGCCCUGGCCGCCAUGACGGGCGAUGUUUUCAUCUCGCUGGCCCUGUUGGGCGCCCACCUCUGGCAUCGUCGGGGAUUGGCCAGGCUGCUGAACGGCCUGGCGCAGCUCCACCGCAAACGGAAGCUGGGUUGGGGCUCAACGCUGCUGCUGUGGUCCAAGCUCCUGCUCUCGCUGUACGAACUCCUCUGCAAUGUGCCCUUCCUGCAGGGGGCGGGAAGUCGUCUGCCCUGGACCCAGCUCCUGGCCUACGGGGUCCAGCUGUAUGUGCAGCAUGUGAGCAGCGUCUAUGCGAAUGGGAUAUUCGGUGGCAUGCUGCUGCUCCUGGCCAGCCUGGACCACCUGGAGCAGGAGUCGCCGGCUCUGGCUCGGCUCCUGAAACGCGAGCGCGGCUGGCUCCGCCUCUCCGCGAGCUUUGUGGAUCUCUUUCAGUUGGGCAUCUUUCUGCUGGUCAUCGGCUACUUCGUCAACAUUCUGGCCAACAUGUACGCCUACAUGUCGUACUUUGUCUCGCAGCACGGCGUACCGCUGACCAUCUCCAACUACUGUCUGAUUGUCACCAUCCAGCUGUAUGCUCUCAUCUUGGCAGCCCAUCUCUGCCAGGUGCGGCACGGUCGUCUGCGUCAGCGAUGCCUGGAAUUGGGUUAUCUCCCGCCAGAAUUAACCCAUCAUCAGGCCAUGGCGGGGACACCGUUUCCCCUGUUCGCACCCUUGGACAGCCUUAAGUUCUCCGUUUUGGGUCUAUUCACCUUGGAUCAUGCUUUCUGGCUUUUCCUGGUCUCGUAUGCCAUGAACUUUAUUGUCAUUAUUUUGCAGUUCAGUCUGGAGAACAUGCAGCAUGCGGAUGAUAACUGAAUCAAGCAAUUUCUUUAGCUGCAACACACGUGAUAUAUUAUGUACUCAAACUCGA